AUGAGGAAGAGAAAGAAUGUAUCCUGCGCAGCCUGUAGGCUGCAACGCAAAAAUUGUUCACAAGAAUGUAUUCUUGCUCCAAAUUUUUCUCCAGAUGAUCCCGAAAAAUUCACAAUCGUGCAGCAAGUGUAUGGAACUAGUCAUAUCGUUAAACUACUUCAAGGUCUGGAGGCCAAGCAAAGAGAAGAUGCAGUAAAGAGUUUGGUGUGUGAGGCAAGUGCAAGAAUGAAGGAACCCAGUGUGGCCCAUGAACUGCAGAAGCAAAUAGCCGAGCUGGAAUCUCAGUUGGAGGCCAAGCAAGAGGAGUUCAUGAAAAUGAUAAUCUUGUAUUCCUCCUCCACACUGGAUCUCCUGAUGUUCAACAUGUAUAUGGCAAUGUUAAAACAGAAGAUACCAUUUAUGAGCAGCUUGAUCCUCUGCUGUUGUGGGAGCCAAUAAGCUACGUAGAGAUUUAUGAGGAUGAGUUGGAGAUUUAUGAGGAUGAGUUGGCUAAGAUAAUUUCUUAACGUCAUGUGUAUAGAUAGAAAGCUGUUUCUGGAUUAAAUUGUGUACAAGAUUUUUGAAUCAACUUUUCAGAUCACACUCCGUGAUCUAUCAUCAGGAUAAAGAGACACAAAAGAAUUAUAUGAUUCUUUUAGCUCUCUUUAUCCUGAUGAUGGAUCACGAUGUGUGAUCCCAAACGUUGGAUUAUAAAUCUUUUGGCUCUCUUCCUGAAAUGAUUCUUUUGACUCUCUUUAUCUUGAUGAUGGAUCACAGAGUGUGACCCGAAACGUUGAUUCAAAAAUCUUGUACACAAUUUAAUCCAAAACAGCUUUCUAUUUUUACUAUAGAUUGUGGAAAUCUCUCAUCAUUAAAAUCAUGUGUUUAAUUUUAAUAAUCAUGUCUGCUUUUGUUUACCUCUAAAUAGCUACUUUGUGUGGCACUUUAUGAUUGCCACCUUCAUUGUAAUUAUCAAAUUUAUUCAAAUAAAAGCAUUCACA